AUGCGUCUCCAAAUUCUCACCAGCGCGCUGGCGCUCGCCGGCUCCGCGACCGCCUUUUCCGAUUCAUGGCCCCUCGUCAUGUUUUCCACCUCCGAGUUCCCCGACGCCUCGAGCUCCAACCAAGUCCAGACGCGAUCCCAGGCUAUCGAACAGGUCAACGAUAUCCUUUCGACAUGUCCCACCGACAACUACCUCUUGGUUAUCCACAAGGAUGUCAAUGCUGCUGACCUUCGCCGACCGCAAACGAUGCCUUAUCUGCAUCUCGAGAUGGAGAGCAAGGAUAUCCACGGCAAAUUCAUCGUCCCCGAAGUUGUGGGCGAGUCAAUCAACAAGAAGGAUGUUGAAGACUAUAUCUCGACGGCGUGCUCUCAGCAAGGAAAGAAUGCCGUGUUCCAGACUGUCGAGCUCAAGUCCCUGGACAACGACCCGGAGCGCCGUGACAACGUCGAUCUGUGGCAGCAGGGCAAGAGCCUGAUUGAAAAGGGAUCCUACACCGUCGUGUUCGUCGGCACUCCUCGCCCUUCCAAGAAGUCGUCUUCCUCUGCUGAGAAGACCAUCUACGAGUCCGAGUUUAUCGAGCCUGUGCGCAUGGAUGUCAAGAGAGACGUUACGGACGGUUAUAUCCGACGAGCUGAUAACGAGACCGAGUGGGACAACCGCCCUCUGUUCCAGAAGUACCAGUUCUUCACUCCUGGUAUCUUCAUGGCUCUUGUCACUGCCAUUGUCCUGUUCUCCAUCCUUGGCGUUGGCUUGAGAGCCCUCGCCAGCCUCGAGGUGUCCUAUGGCGCCUUUGACAAGGACAUGGGUCCCGCAGCCCAGAAGAAGCAGUAA